AUGGAAAAAAGAACAGCUCUCGCUAUAGAAGCGUAUCAGCAAUUGAUGGCUGCGUAUGCAGGCCGAAUAUUACCGCCCAACCAUUAUUAUAGUAGAAUGGUGAAGAGAGUGGCCGAGCGCCUUAUCCGGGUUUCUGGUAUGGAGCAUUUGCAUUGGGAGUUUUAUGUAGUUGAAGCCCGAGAAGCCAACGCUUUUGUUCUUCCUGGUGGCAAGGUAUUUGUAUUUACUGGCAUCUUACCCAUUUGUAAAAAUGAAGAUGGACUUGCGGCAGUACUGGGACACGAAAUAGCGCAUGAACUAGCAAGACAUACUGCUGAACGAUUCAGUUAUGCCAAAAUUCUGUAUGCAAUGAAUUUCACCCUAUACUUCUUGGGACUGCAUUCAAUGAUGGCUAAGGAUUUUGCUAUCAAUUAUUUGAUGAUGAUGCCAUUUUCACGUAAAUGCGAGACAGAAGCUGACGAUAUCGGGUUGCAACUAAUGUCGCUUGCUUGCUUUGAUCCAAGAGAAGCAGUGGGAUUGUGGGAAAGAAUGGAAGCAGUAGGAGCAUCAAAACUACCGCAGUUUUUCAAUACCCAUCCAAGCCAUGAGAACAGAUUCAAGAAUUUGUCAAAGAAGGUACGUAACACAUUUCUCUAUCUCUCCUAUUCGGGUUUAGGAUUGACGAAAAUACGCUAUGCUCACCGUUACCACUUUCCGCUUCUACAGCUACCUGCAGCUUUACAAAAGAGAGCUGAAAGUGAUUGUCAGACAGAAAUGAGCACUUUCGAUCGCUUUAGGAAAGAAUGGGUUCGCUGGUAA